AUGCCAACAGGUAUUGGCGUCGGUCAGUUCCUUGCAUGCACGUGCAUGGUUAUCUACUACCAGACCAUUAUAGCCUGGUACAAGGCUCUAGGUGUGUCUGAAGGGGUUCAUCAAAUUGGCCAAAUCCAGUGGCAUCUGGCUCUGUCCCUGUUUGCAUCUUGGACACUCGUAUUUGCAUCACUUAUCAAAGGAGUAAAGAGUGCAGGAAAGGUGGCCUAUGUGACCAUGUUCCUCCCCUACCUGCUGCUGGUCGUCCUGCUGAUCAGAACUCUGCUGCUGCCUGGAGCAGUGGAUGGCAUUGUCUUCUAUCUGAAACCAGAUCUCACCAGACUUCUGGAUCUGCAGGUGUGGCUGGAGGCUCUGUUACAGUUGUUCUACUCACUUGGUCCGGGCUGGGGUGUCAUCGUUACGUUGGCCAGUUACAAUAGAUUUCAUGACAACACAUUAAGGAACUCUGUUGUGCUGACCUUCUGUGGCGAGGGUACAAGCCUGAUCUCGGGGCUGGUCAUCUUCACGGUUCUUGGGUUCAUGGCCAACAGUGCUGGAGUUGGUGUAUCAGAAGUAGCAUCUUCGGGUCCAGGCCUUGCAUUCGUUGCGUACCCAGGAGGCCUGUCUCAACUUCCCCUGCCUCAACUCUGGUCCUCCCUGUUCUUUCUGAUGAUGCUGACAGUUGGAUUGGACAGUCAGGUAAGGCAUCAGUCAUGCACAGGUUUACCAGCAAUACAGGAAAAGACGUUCGGUACAGACAAAUUCGAUACAUUUGCGUGGAUGGAGACAGUGAUAACCAAUGUGAUUGACCAGUUCCCAGCAGUGCUACGGAAGCGGCGGAUUCUGGUCACAGCAGUGGCCUGCACAGCCAGCUUCUGCUUGGUCUGCCCUUCGAGAUUUAGUGGGGACGUGGAGCUAAUGCUGGGCAGGAGAGUACCUAUGUUCUUCAGCAUCAUGCUUGGCUACAUCACGCCUGGCUUUCUUACCAUCGCCUUGUUCCUGGUUCUGUGGCGGUUCCAGCCCCCGACCUAUGGUGACUAUCAGUACCCCUGGGUGUGUCAGGUAGCAGGGUGGAUCUUAGCCUCCAUGUCUGUCAUCCCUGUACCUGUCAUGGCGGUUGUCACCUUGCUCAAGGCCAAAGGAUCGUUCAUGGAUAGACUGGCAGCGAGUUGCAGGCCUAAAGAUUCAUGGGGCCGUCACUGA